AUGCUCCGUGCUUGUGCUUUGGACUUUAAGGGAAGUUGGGAAUGGCACCUACCCCUAGUCGAGUUCGCCUAUAACAACAGCUAUCAAUCCACCAUAGACAUGGCACCAUACGAAGCUUUGUAUGGGCGACCUUGUCGAUCGCCAGUUUGUUGGGCUGAAUUUGGAGAAGCAAACUUACUAGGACCAGAACCACGAAAAGGAGUUAUCCGAUUUGGAAAGAAAGGAAAACUGUCACCACGAUACAUUGGCCCUUCUCAGAUCCUCGAGAAAAUUGGAGAAGUGGCGUACAGCCUGGCACUACCGCCACAACUAGACCGAGUUCACAACGUGUUCCACGUGUCAAUGCUCCGAAAGUACAUAACACAUCCUUCCCACAACAUCAAUUGGGAAAACAUCAAACUCAACGAGGACGUCACUCUCGAGGAACAGCUAGUGGAGAUCCAAGACUAUAGUGAGAAGUGCAUUCGAGGCAAAACCAUUCAACUCGUCCGAAUCCUUUGGCGACAUCGAGGAAUUAAAGAAUCAACCUGGGAACGAGCGGAUACUAUGUGCGCCAACUAUCCGAAUCUGUUUCCUCCUAAAGGGAAAACAGAUUUCCAGACCAUAUUUGCUGCAGAUGUUACGUUUGUGAGUACAGAGCGAUAUAGUUUAGCUUGUUUGAACUACUUGUGA